AUCUGCCAAAAUCACACAAGAAAAAGUGAAAUCUAUGACCCGCACAAGUAUGUCACUUGACUUUAAUCCAAUGGAAGACUUCUAGUUCUAUACGUAAUACACACAUAUGCCCACAAAAUAUUACACAGGGGUGUAGUCAUUUAUGUUACACGUUGUAAAUGUUCUAUCUUCAAAGUGUGAAAAGAGAUUUGAGGUUAACGACGUGUAUUUGAUUUUGACAGCAACUGUGAAAAACAACAUUAAGGCAAAAAAAAAGAGGAAAAUUCCACACAUAUUCAAAACAAAGUUACUGAGUCAGAGGAGGCAGAGGUUUCAAAGCACUGACCGAUCCUUUGGAGCAAUGUACAGAACAUAUCCAUUCAAUAUACAGGUAAUGGAUAUAAAAUUAUCAUUAAUAAUAUCAUUCAUUUCAACAGCUUAUAAUUCUUGCUACAUCUUUAAAUUGUACACAUACUAUACCAAAAUGACCCUUUCAAACAGAUACACGUUUUAAGAAAACAUCAAUGUUUUACAAUUCACUGCAAAAAUAAUAUUAACAGUUAUGCUUCAGUAUGACCAAACAUGGAAAAAGACCACCCACACAAGUUCCUAUGAUGUAGAAUUAGCAUAUCUUGGCUGUGAUUGUGCAUGGUUAUGCUUUAACAGCUCGAUGCUUUGACACGUUCCUUCUCAGUAGCUGUGCGCUCAGGCAGCGAGACAAGCUGGAGUGGCCGACACGGGGAUUAACAGGAGCGAGCGAUAUAAAGGCAGCCUUACAAGAACCAUGAUACCUGUAGAGCACUUGUGAACAGAGCCUUGCUUACAAAUGACUGUCGCACAGUUUUGUGUUGGUUUUUGCUCCCCUAUGCUGUAUCCCAGAAUUAAAGGACUUGUGCAAGGCGGUAAAGCUCCAGAUCAGCAAAGGACUUGUGAAAGCAAAUGCACUUCUGUGAGGUGAGCAAUGUUUCUGAGAAUUGAUCCUUAUUCUUUUCUUCUUCAGUGGGUCCUCUCACCGUCACUGCACUUGUAUGGCUAGUCAGAGCUCAUCUCUCUCUGUGCCCUCCUCCAGAGCUUGUCAUCAUUGUGACAUGCUGCUUCGAAACCCUCAGUCAGCUAUCGAAUGGCUCAUUCUGGCUAUGAGCUGUGGAUGAGGCAGAGACAUGGUGGCCAGCAUGGAGAGAUGAGUGAAGCGGUGUUGGUUAUUUGGAUUAUUUAACUGGUGGCAGUGGAAGUACAGUAAGUCCAGGACACCUGAAUGUAUUCCUGCCAAAGGGAGAUGGAGAUAUUUAUCCAUGGAGAACAGUUCUGUUAACCAUAACAGGUUUGAAUGUCUUUUCAACGCAGCAAUUCAGUGGCUUCUGUUUAUUCAAUAAUGUCUUUUAUCUGUGAGCUUUGGCUGAGAAGAAGAACAGAUUAAGGUUGGUAACAUUCAGUGGAGCCUGAAGAAGAACCUUCAGGAGCCGCUUUGUUGAUUGUUGGGCACCAUGGCUGACUCUCACCUGUCUGGCUCCAUAGGAAGCUCCAACAGCAGCUCUCCCACCACCGUUGCUUGGAACAUCACUGGCAGUGGCCCUUGGUUGUUGGCCUUCAUGCUGGCCAUCAUCAUCGUCAUGACAAUCUGUGGCAACAUGUUGCUCAUCGCUUUGGUGUUUGCACAUCGCUCUUUGCGGUGCACCUCAAACUGCUUCCUGGUGUCUCUGUUCCUGUCUGACCUAAUGGUGGCCUUGGUGGUCAUGCCCCCCGCCAUGCUCAACGUGCUGUGUGGAUCCUGGGUGCUGUGGCCUGCCUUUUGUCCAGUUUGGCUUUGCUUUGACGUCAUGUGCUGCAGUGCGUCCAUCCUCAACUUGUGUGUGAUCAGCCUGGACCGUUACCUCUUCAUCAUCUCACCACUACGCUACAAGCAGAGGAUGACACCGCCUCGCGCAUUACUCCUGGUCGGAGCUGCUUGGGGGUUGGCAGUAAUGGCCUCCUUCCUGCCUAUUGAGAUGAAAUGGCACAGCUUAGGCCACAGGAGUGAACACACGUCGGUUCCUGGGGUUAGCAUUAGUAAUAUCAGCGCCUUCUCCGACAAACUGUACCCAGAGUCCUACUUUCAGCUGUCACCAUCAGGAGGCCUUUCCUUCCAGUGCCGCCUGCGGGUCACCCUUCCCUUUGCCCUGGUGGCCUCUGUGCUCACCUUUUUUUUGCCCUCCAGCGCCAUUUGCUUCACCUACUGUCGAAUCCUUCUGGCAGCACGGAGACAGGCCAAGAGGGUUGCAGCACUAAGCCACCCACCCCACCCUCAUCCAUCUCUUGGAGAACCCUCCCGGCCUCCUUCGCCUGGGGUCGCAGCAGGUCAAGCUCAGCAGGACAGAGAUGACUGCAGUCACCAAGAGCCUCCUGUGUCACAGAAUGUACCGCUUUCAGUGAACAGCGAGCGUCGUCUGGCUCACCGGCAGGGUCGGAGGGCGCUGAAGGCCAGUCUGACGCUGGGAGUCCUCCUGGGACUCUUCUUCAGUGCUUGGCUCCCCUUUUUCAUCACUAACAUGGCCCAGGCAGUGUGUGACUGUGUGCCCCUUGCGCUCUUUGACGCCAUCACCUGGCUGGGCUACUGCAACAGCACCAUCAACCCCAUCAUCUACCCGCUGUUCAUGAGGGACUUCAAGCGAGCUCUGGGGAGGCUCUUGCCCUGCUGUUCCUCGCGGUCGCCCAGAAGACCCUCGCCAGCUCUCUCUCUCUCGCUACGUAACUCAGGAGAGCCCAACAUUGCCAGCAACCCCCCCUCACCCCUGGCCUCUGACCCCACCCACCCCCCUGCCACCGCCACCGAUGCCGUCAACCUGCUGGAUGCUGAGCAUGCUGGGAUUGAGCUGCCUCUGCUUCUGCCCAAUCAGGUCGACACUCUGGACUGAACGGUCCGCCAGCAUAUCAGGGAGUCAUUCAUUCAAGCACUGAGGUUCAUUACAAUUCAUUCCUUACUUGCUGAGUUGAGAAUCACAAUUAAAAUCUACUUUAUACUUUUACAGAAAAAUAUCUACAAACGCUUCAGCUCUGUCUUUAACUGCUUCUUUCUGUUACACAGUUCAAGAUGUGCCUUCCAAACACAUUUCUCUAUAAAACUAGGGUUUAGACUAAUUCCAAUUUUCAGUGCCAGCAUACUAUGUCACUGUAACAUCGAGUAAGCGGUGUAUCACGUUCAUGUCGGUAGAAGAGAACAGAGAAAAGCGUGGCCUUGAAGAGACAUAUUCACUGAGUUGCCCCCAGCCUUAUGGAAAUUCAGUUUCUGUGACAAUAUCUAUAGCAACCAAGCUAAUAGAAGAAAAUGAUGAAAUGAAUAGAGUAGGCACCUAUUUGCGGCAUCCAAUAAACCCUGCAAAGCAAACAAAUAUUUGCAGGUAUUUAAUCUCACAGUGAGUCCAUAUUCGCAGUCGGUAAAAAACAAUAUAAUCUGCUGAAUUCUAAAUAGAUAUUAAAUUAAUACAUCUAGAAACUCGCUUUUAGUCACAGUAAUAAUUAACAGUAGCAUUUAAUAAUUACUAAAUUGCUACUUCAGUUGCUUGUUGCUAGGAGCUGUCACAUUGAGUCUUGUGCAGUCUGUGUUGAGAAUGAAAGGAAUAUUUUCUCCAACAAAGCUUUGAUGUUGCAAAAAAAAAAAACUUGAGAAGAUGAGAGUUUUCAAGGAAGCAGCUGGUCCUGUAACAUG